AUGACCUUGUUCAAGGAGGGAGUGGAGGAUGAAGAUAGGGAUAAAUGGAUUGUGUGGUUCGACGGCGCGUCUAGCGCACUAGGCCAUGGAGUUAGGGUGGUUUUGGUUACCCCCGAUGAUCAAUGUAUACCAUUCACAACUAGAUUGGAUUUUGACUGCACAAACAACAUGGCUGAGUACGAGGCAUACGCCCUUGGGAUCCAAGGGCAAUUGACUUCAAGGUCAAGUUGCUCAAAGAAGCUGAUAGGGUACUUCGAUGACAUAUCCUCACACCACAUUCCUAGACAGGAGAAUCGGAUGGUCGAUGCCCUUGCCACUUUGGCAUCCAUGUUCCAACUGACCCCGCACAGGGAUUUGCCGUACAUCGAAUUUAGAUGUCGUGGAAAGCCUGCACAUUGCUACUUGAUAGAAGAAGAGCAAGAUGGCAAACCUUGGUACUUCGAUAUCAAGCGAUACAUCGAAGACAAGGAAUACCCACGAGAGGCCUCCAAUAAUGACAAGAGAACGUUGUGA